CUUGUCUUUGGCCUCCUCCCUUUGAACUUGUUACCUUGGAGCUGGAACAAGGAGGCUAAAAGUUGCUCUGUAAUCUCUGGGCCGUCAUUAUGUAAAAUGUACGUGGGAGGGGCGUGCCUUUUGGAGAUUUCUGUAUGGGAGAAACUUGGGUCUGCGAACGGGAGAGCGAGCCUUUGCAACUGUCCAAAGGAAGAGUGAGAAAAGAGAGUGAGAAAUUGAGGAAGAAGUCUGGCCUAGCUUGUUUCUCCUGAGAAGCCAGUCCUCCUGAAGAAUUGGAGCUCUUGGAGAGCGUUGAAACCAAAGAAAGAGAAAACAAGAUUGAAAGAGUUGUAUAACCAACUCACAAAGAAAUAAACCUUGAUGCCUCUAAACAUCCAGUGAACACAAAUGCAACACAAUAACAGAACAUUUCCUGCUUUGAAAGAUGAUAAGGAUAUGAACGUUUUCCACUGCUGUGUCUGGUACUUUUCCUGACUGACACACAGAUUGCGACAAAGGCAUUAACCAGUUGGAUCUCUUGGAACCCUGAGCAGUCUUUCUACUAAAAGAAGAGAGAAGUUUCAUCCAGAUGUUGAGUAGGCACUGCAGAAAGGCAGCUAGUCAGUGGUAGAACAUGUACUUUCUGCGCAUGAACCCUGAAGUUUGAAUCCCAUAUCUUGCAUUAGUAAAGAAAGGAUUUUCUCUUGAUGACUUGGGCAGCUGUUAUCAAACUGAAGGAAAAGUACUGGACAAAUAUGGGUCAAAGAGCUGACUUUGUCACUUUCUUUUGACCGUGAUAUAAGACUGGCAGAACUGAAGAUCCUUCUAUGAAUGCGUCCAUUUUCCAAGACUCAAGAGGCACAAAAUCUUAAGCUCGGGUGUGUGACAACUUUGGACAACAUGUUUGCUGAUUUCGGACAACUGGACGGCUUCUUGUUCAGAAAUAUGCGUUGCCAAUCCUUCCUUUCCGCAAACAUCAUUAUGAUAGUGGAAAAAUGUAUGAGUUCCAUGCAAGCAGGUACUCAGAUGAUCAAACUCAGAGGCAGUUCCAAAGGACUUGUUCGUUUCUACUACCUGGAUGAACAUAAAUCAUGCAUUCGCUGGAGACCCUCGCGAAAAAACGAAAAAGCUAAAAUCUCCAUAGAUUCUAUCCAGGAAGUGUGCGAGGGGAAGCAGUCAGAGAUCUUCCAGCGCUACGGCGAUGGCAGCUUCGACCCCAACUGUUGCUUCACUAUCUACUAUGGAGAUCACAUGGAGUCCCUCGAUCUGGUGUCAUCCACUGGGGAGGAGGCGCGGAUGUGGAUCACUGGCCUCAAGUACCUAAUGGCUGGGAUAAGCGAUGAAGACAGUCUGUCAAAACGGCAGAGGACUAGAGACCAGUGGUUGAAGCAAACCUUUGAUGAAGCGGAUAAAAAUGGAGAUGGCAGCCUGAGCAUUAAUGAGGUCCUCCAGCUGAUGCACAAGCUGAACGUCAACCUCCCCCGUCAGAAAGUCAAGCAGAUGUUUAAGGAGGCUGAUACAGAUGAUAACCAGGGCACCCUGGACUUUGAAGAGUUCUGUGCUUUCUACAAGAUGAUGUCCACUCGGCGUGACUUGUACCUUCUCAUGCUCAGCUACAGCAACCACAAGGACUUCCUAGAUGCUGACGACCUGAAACGCUUUCUGGACACCGAACAAAAGAUGAAUAAUGUCACCAAGGAGCACUGCUUGGAAAUUAUCAAUCAGUUUGAACCGUGUCCAGAAAACAAACAGCAAGGAGCUUUGGGGAUUGACGGGUUCACCAACUACAUGCGCAGCCCUGCCGGGGAUAUUUUCAACCCCGAACACUACCAUGUCAAUCAAGACAUGACUCGCCCUUUGAGUUACUAUUUCAUCACCUCAUCUCAUAAUACCUACCUCAUGGGAGACCAGCUGAUGUCCCAGUCCAGAGUGGAUAUGUACGCUUGGGUUCUGCAGUCCGGAUGCCGAUGUGUAGAAGUUGACUGCUGGGAUGGUCCAGAUGGUGAGCCCAUUGUCCACCAUGGCUACACCCUGACCUCCAAGAUCCUUUUUAAAGAUGUGAUUGAGACCAUCAACAAGUAUGCCUUCAUCAAGAGCGAAUAUCCAGUCAUUUUGUCCAUCGAAAACCACUGCAGUGUUACCCAACAGAAGAAGAUGGCUCAGUAUCUGACUGAAAUCUUGGGGGACAAACUGGACUUGUCUUCAGUCAACAAUGAGGAUCCCACAAAGCUGCCUUCCCCAGAGAGCCUCAAAGGGAAAAUCUUGGUUAAGGGGAAAAAGCUUCCAGCCAACAUUAGUGAAGAUGCCGAAGAGGGCGAAGUAUCAGAUGAGGACAGUGCUGAUGAGAUGGACGAUGACUGUAAGCUAAUGAAUGGGGAUGCUUCUUCUAAUCGGAAGCGGGUGGAAAACCUCGCCAAGAAGAAACUGGACUCUCUGAUCAAGGAAUCUAAAAUUCGGGACUGCGAAGACCCAAAUAAUUUUGCCGUCUCCAGCUUGUCAUCCUCGGGGAAGUUGGGGAACAAGCAUGAUCUCAAGAAGAACAAGCAUGAGGAGAAUGUGGAAUCUGGGGAAGAUGCUAUCCUCAGCAAACGUCACAACCGAUCGCUGAUGGAAAGCUUGACCAAACGCAAGAAAAAAUCCAGGAAACUCAAAAGGACGUCAAGUUUAGAAGAUGGGGAGGAUGAUCUUGAAUGCCAAGGAAACUUAACUAGAACGUCUGUCCAUUAUACCAAAACAAAUCGGCAAAAGAAAACAAUGAAACUCUCCCGGGCGCUCUCGGACCUGGUGAAAUACACCAGAUCUGUUGGAAUCCAUGACGUGGAAUCUGAAAUCUCUUCCAGCUGGCAAGUGUCAUCCUUCAGCGAAACAAAAGCUCACCAAAUUCUCCAGCAGAAACCAGCCCAGUAUCUCCGCUUCAACCAGCACCAGCUCUCUCGAAUCUAUCCCUCUUCCUACCGCGUGGAUUCCAGUAAUUACAACCCUCAACCCUUCUGGAAUGCCGGCUGCCAGUUGGUGGCACUGAACUACCAGUCCGAAGGGAGAAUGCUGCAACUGAACCGUGCCAAGUUCAGCACCAACGGGAAUUGUGGCUACGUUCUCAAACCCAAGUGUAUGUGUCAAGGGGUCUUCAACCCAAAUUCCGAAGAUCCGCUGGUGGGCCAGAUGAAAAAGCAGCUGAUCCUAAGGAUCAUCAGCGGACAACAGCUUCCCAAACCACGGGAUUCCAUGCUUGGAGACCGAGGCGAGAUCAUAGAUCCAUUUGUGGAAGUUGAGGUGAUCGGAUUGCCCGUGGAUUGUUGCAAAGAACAGACAAGAGUUGUGGAUGACAAUGGUUUCAAUCCGAUGUGGGAAGAAACCCUGGUUUUCAACAUCUGCAUGCCAGAGAUUACCCUGGUGCGUUUCCUGGUCUGGGACCAUGAUCCCAUUGGGAGGGAUUUUAUUGGUCAGAGGACGAUUGCAUUUACAAGCAUGAUGCCAGGCUAUCGGCAUGUCUACCUAGAAGGCAUGGAGGAGGCUUCCAUUUUUGUUCACGUAGCUGUCAAUGACAUAUGUGGUAAGGUCAAACAAGCGCUGGGCUUAAAAAGCCUGUUUCUCAGAAAUCCAAAGCAAGUCUCUCUCGACAGCCAUGUUGCUGGUCAGCUCAACCGCAAACAUUCCUUUAGCAGUCACAUUUUACGGCGGACCGCCAGUGCGCCAACCAAGAGCUUGAAAAAGCCCAAGAUUGCAAUCGACACCAGAGACAGCAGCUCUGAAGGGGCCAGCAAAGACCCCGCCCUCGAAGACUCCUCCCAUCCUCGUUUUGACCAAGAGUCUGAAUGCCCGUCCCCCACGCCAUCUGUUCCCAGAGAGGAUGUCAGCAAGGAAGUGGACAGCAAGGGAUCAAAAGGUAAGGCUCACAGUUUGGGCAGAGAUAGGAGCGGCCACAGCCAGAGGCUCAGGGAAGCCACCUUCAGCGAGCCCAUCCGGAGAUCCAGCCGGGUCUGCCUCCAGGAGCCACCCAGUGAGAAGCAGGGCCUCUUCGCCCGCUGUGCCAACAACGGAUCGGGUAGGACUGGCGUGGCCACCUACUGCAUGAAGUGCAUGAUCGGCUCUAAUGAGAGCCCUGACAUGGAGUGCGAGUGGAGUGACCCCAGCGCUGGCCAGCCCGCCUCUGGUGAUGCUCCACACUGCAGUUGCUGUGGCAGCCUUGCGGGAGAGGAGAGGGUAGAACUCAAACAUUGGGGGAUCCAAGAACAGCCCAGGGCCCGGUCAGAUCUGCACCUAUGCACCAGCUACGGGGCUGCCAGUAGCCUGCCCAGAACCUGCCAGCCCUUUGGGACCUCAGGGAAGAAAAACGGGGACUCGAAGUGUCUCGGGGUCAAAGACCAUUCCUGGCGUAGAUGGCACACUCAGCCUGGUGGCAAAUACAGAAGCACCGUCAACCUGGUGGGCUCCAACAACGGGUCCGUGUCCUCCAGCUCCAGCAGCUUAGAGAGCCUCGGAAGCCCUGAUUUCCCCAAAUGCUGGCCAGAGAGCUCCCGAAAACAGGCGGGCACCCUUCAGAGGGAAAUGAAUGCCUUGUUUGCUGAAAAAUUGGAGGAAAUUCGGAGUAAAUCCCCUAUAUUCUUUACUGAUGUCCGCCAAUUCUCAAUGCAUAGGUCGGUCCCUUCCUUAAGCAGCCUGCAGACCAUCAACGAGGAGCCCUUUGUUGCCAAUGAGAAUCAACCUUCCGGUUUUUGCUUUCCUCUGUCCACCAAACUUGUCAAUGAUCCCAAAGAAGAAUCUGUGCCUGAUCAUUCCCAGAAAGCUCUUUCAGAUGGAAGGGACCAGUCUAGGCAGCUUGAGAGUCCUCCUCUUUUGCAGCAUGCAGUUUUGGAGAAGAUUCCCCUUGCUCCUAGUGUCUUGGAAGAGGAAGAAGCGAUGGAAAGCAGCCGAGAAGGAGGGGGCUGGAAAAGAGCUCCUGGCAAUGGAGGUUCUCUCCAUUCACAAGUUCAGCACAAUCUAGCAUUAGGCAACUGUUGGCUCCAUCCGGCUGGAAAUGCCCAGAAGCAGACAGAUAGAAUGGUUCAACAGCUGACAGGUGCUGAGAAGAACACAGUUGGGCAGCCACACCAAAGCAAAAGGGAAAACAGCAUCACACCACCUCCACUUCACAAAGUAACCGGAGUUAUCACAGUCCCCAUGCCUCAGAUUGUAGUGAGGAGAUCAAAGAAUGAAGGAUAUAAAUCGUGUGACCACAUGGUCUUGAUGAAGCAUCCUGAUAACUUUUCUCCUGUGCCUGAAGUGUCCUGGAAUGCCACGGUCAAUGACCGGAUCUGGAGCAAGCUUGAUUUCACCACUCACAGGGACAGCAUGUCCUCCUCUUCUAGCAUGUCCUCCAAUGAUACCGUUAUAGAUCUCUCCUUGCCCAACCUUGCCCGGAAAAGCCUCCCCGACCUUGGUGCUCAGCAUAAGACUUUUGAAGUCAUCCCUGAGAGAAGGGUUGUGAGGCCAUGGUCUGCUAAUGCUGCAUCUGGACGUGAAAUCCCCAUGGUGUCCAAGAGCAAAUCCAACCCCAACUUGAGGUUAGAUCAACCCAUGGAAGAUGACCUGCACCCUAGGCCGCUUGCCAGGGGUCUUGAGCUAGGAUUAUCAUCUGUAUCAAGAAGACACACCUGGAACCGGUUAUAUGUGGAGAGCCUCAAGCAGUCUUGCCUGAAGUUGGAAGAGCAGGAGAACCCCGAGUCCAACCACACUAAGUCAAAAAGCCUUGGUGAUCUUACCUCAGAUGACAUCACGUGCAAUACAGAGAGCAAGUACCGGAGCAUCAGCCGGAGCUUUGCCACCCGCUCAAUGAGGGAGCAGCGCCACCGUGGAGCCAUCAGGACUUCGGUGAGAUCUCCUGACGAGCUGACGGAGCGCCUAAAGAAGCUCACUUUCUUCCAGCAGGAGAACGACAUCACUUCCCCCACUCGUCUUGACCCUGUGGAGUCUGAAGAAGAAGAGGAAGGGGCGGUCCUGUUCCGAAGGUCCUCGUCUCGGAGCCAGAGCAGGGUGAGGUACAUUGCCAACCGGGCCAAGCAAGCUCAAGAAAGGCAGAAGCUAAAAAGUUUGGCCUUGAGCAAGGGGAACCCCAUUGAGGAACGGGGGAUCCCUGAAGGAGCCUGCUGCUUUCCAGGGGGGGCUGACGUGGACCUGGCUUCCCCUGGCUUGUUUACAUCCCAACUCAAGAACCAAACUGACUUGAACCCUGACCCCGAAGUCGUCUUUAUGUUCAAACUCUAACGCUGGGAAGGGCUGAACAAGAAUCGAUGUUUACAUUUCUGUCGGAGCAAAACCAACACUCCCUUCCCUCAUUUUCUUUAUUAAAACAAAAAGCAUAGUGCAGAAAGCCCUCGUUCAAUGAGGGAGGGCACUUCCUCCUCCUCCUCCUCCAAGGGACAAUUUUAUGUUUGUGAAAAACAAUAAUAUUAAUAACAAUAAUAAUAAUAAUGCAGUCUGUAGCAUGUGUUAUGGGGAGUGGGCAACUGAAUUUUCCCAGGGUGGGAACAGAUCCUGAGAAGAUUUCUCCCCCUCCACGUUCCCUGGAAAGCAUGUCCAAGGAUUUGCACGAUUGUCCGUUUCCUCCUCCUUCCUUGCCUGCUUUCCUCAGUCCUGGGAAAACAAAUACCUAAGACAGUGUUUCUCAACCUCAGCAACUUUAAGAUGCAUGGACUUCAACUCCCA